AUGUCCAACCCCGGUCAGAUCUCGCCUCUCCGGCCCCUCACUCGACACAUCACCACUCACAAUGCCGAGGGCAAAGCAGUACUGCACUCCUCCACAGCCGGGCAGUGGAAAUCGUUCGAGGAGAGCCAUAUGGCCUUCGAUGUCAUCUACACCACCUCCCAGUUCCCCGCCGAUCUGAAUGAGGACGCCGACCUGACGGCGCACGAGAAGGUCGUCCAGUCGGGCCAGCUGGGUCUGGUGAACCCCCGGGGCACCGUAUGUCGCGUCGUGGACUUUGCCCCCAAUAACCCAUGUGUCGUUCACCGGACCCAGAGUCUAGACUAUGGCAUCGUGCUGGAGGGGCAGAUUGAGAUGGUGCUGGACGAGGGGGAACCCACCCUGAUGCAACGCGGGGACAUCGCUGUGCAACGCGCAACGAUGCAUGGGUGGCGCAACCCGAGCGACACCGAGUGGGCACGCAUGGCCUUUGUCUUGCAGGACUGCAAGCCGCUCACCGUGGACGGCGCCGCAUUGAAGGAGGACCUGGGUAUUGCCACGGGGGUGUUGGAGCCCAGCCGGAACGACCAGUAA